UAUGAUUGGUCGGAUACUAAAAACGCCUCCAGUCCGAAGAGCGCUGAUGCUGUCGGUGAUCUUGUCUAUGAUAACACAGGUGACAGGAGCGGCACCAGUUAUGUUCUACACAGGAACGAUCCUGAAAAGAGGCGGUUUUGCGGUCACAGAUGCACUGUGGAUGACAACAAUUCCUACAGCACUGCAGGCUGUAACAUCUUUCGUAAGCACGUGCUUGGUUGAGAAGAUGGGCCGCAAGCUCCUGUUUCUUGGCGCACAGAUAGGGCUGCUCAUUUCCUUGAUCAUUCUUGGACUUGGCUUCUAUCUGUCCACGACUUAUUCUCCCGUCGUCAGUGAUGAUAUCCAGAGUACCAUCAAUAACGCUACAACAGUAUCCAUAUGUAAUUUCAGAACAUGUGAGCAAUGCAUCGACUCUUCACAAUGCGGCUUCUGCUACGACGUCCUCUCAAGAGCUUCAUGUGUACCCGUGUCGGUAAACGGCAGUGCUACAGCAGGGAGAUGCUCUUUCAACAGUUCAGUCUUUACCCUCGAAACACAGGCCUGCCCCAGUGAUUAUAAAUGGAUUCCAGUAAUCGGGUCUUCACUAUAUCUGGCUGUAUUUAGCGCUGGUGUGGGCGUGAUCUUUGUUGUGAUAUCUGAAAUAUUUCCCCUCUGGGCACGCGGCAUAUGCAGUUCAGUCGCUACUUCAGUUAUCUGGAUAUCUCAGAUCGUGGUCACCAUGACUUUCCUGUCGCUUGCUGACGCCAUCACAACCCAUGGUAUCUUCUGGUUGUAUGCGGGAUGCUCUUUACUUGCUGUUGUCUUCAUCUUUAUAUUCAUGCCAGAGACGAGAGGGGUACGACUGGAGGAAAUUGAUCAGCUGUUCAUGACACGUGAAGAGAAGGUUGUGCUGGACAAACAGGAAGUUGAUAAAUUAUCAAGUCAUUAAACAAAUUACCGGACGCAACUCUUCAUACUUAUGCCAUUGACAUUACAACGAUUAAAUCUACAAUCAAUCUAACUUUGUGCAGAGAUGACAAUGGUAAAAUCUUUCUAGU